AAAAUCCUAUUCCCACAUAUCAAAGAAGACUGCUUUGAAGUUUGAGCUUCCCCACUACUAUUAAUUGCUACCAUGUCAUUCCUUCUUUCAAUAGGAACGCACACUCACACACAAUCUCUCUCUCUCUGUUCAAGCUCCACUCAUCUAAGCUGAAAAUUAACAGAGAUGGGAAGGGUUUUCGUUCUUUUGUUGAGCAUUUUGCUCAGCUGUUGCUGGGCUGAAAUUGCAAGAGCUGAUGAUGUGAAGUAUAAGUCUUCAAAAUAUCCAUUGAACACUCGAAUAAAGGAUCUCAUGCAGCGGAUGACUUUGGAGGAAAAGAUUGGCCAAAUGGUACAGAUCGAUAGAACUGUUGCCUCAUCUCAGGUCAUGAAGAAGUACCUUAUAGGGAGUAUCUUAAGUGGUGGAGGAAGUGUUCCAGGAAAACAGGCAACUCCUCAGACUUGGAUAAACAUGGUGAAUGAUUUUCAGAAGGGUUCUAUGUCAACUCGUCUUGCGAUUCCAAUGAUUUAUGGGAUUGAUGCUGUUCAUGGACAUAACAAUGUCUACAAAUCUACAAUCUUUCCCCACAAUGUCGGACUUGGGGCCACAAGGGAUCCUGACCUGGUCAAGCGAAUUGGAGCUGCUACAGCUCUUGAGGUUAGAGCUACAGGCAUUCCAUAUGUUUUUGCCCCAUGUAUUGCGGUAUGCAGAGAUCCAAGAUGGGGACGGUGUUUCGAAAGCUAUAGUGAAGAUCACAAAAUUGUUCAAACAAUGACAGAGAUUAUACCUGGAUUGCAAGGAGAUAUCCCUGCUAAUUCGCGAAAAGGAGUUCCAUAUGUUGGUGGCAAGACUAAGGUGGCAGCAUGCGCAAAGCAUUAUUUGGGUGACGGUGGAACGACAAAAGGAAUAAAUGAGAAUAACACUGUGAUAAACAGGAAUGGAUUAUUCGGCAUUCACAUGCCUGGCUAUUACAACUCUAUCAUCAAGGGUGUAGCAACUGUCAUGAUUUCUUACUCCAGUUGGAAUGGUGUUAAGAUGCACUCGAACCGUGAACUCAUCACUGGUUAUCUUAAGGGCUCCUUGCGUUUCAGGGGUUUUGUCAUAUCAGAUUGGCAAGGAAUCGAUCGGAUCACAACUCCUGAGCAUGCCAACUACACAUAUUCCAUUGUCACUGGAGUUAAUGCUGGCAUUGACAUGAUAAUGGUUCCUUACAACUAUACAGAAUUCAUUGAUGGUCUCACCUAUCUAGUGAAGAACAAUUUCAUUCCCAUAAGCAGAAUUGACGAUGCAGUAAAAAGGAUUCUGCGUGUCAAAUUCACUAUGGGCUUAUUUGAUUACCCAUAUGCAGAUGAAAGCCUUGUUAACCAGCUCGGCAGCAAGGAACACAGAGAAUUGGCAAGAGAAGCAGUAAGAAAAACUCUGGUGCUUCUAAAGAAUGGGAAAACUGGAGACAAGCCAUUGCUGCCGCUCCCAAAGAAGGCUUCUAAAAUUCUUGUUGCUGGAACCCAUGCUGACAAUCUUGGUUACCAGUGCGGUGGUUGGACUAUUGAAUGGCAAGGACUUAGUGGCAACAACCUCACAUCUGGUACAACCAUUCUAACUGCCAUUAAGAAAACGGUUGACCCAACAACUGAGGUAGUCUACGAAGAGAACCCUGACUACAAUUCCGUAAAAUCAGGAAAAUAUUCAUACGCGAUUGUGCUUGUUGGGGAGCCCUCGUACGCUGAGACAUUCGGAGACAGCUUAAAUCUGACAAUCCUUGAACCUGGUCCGAGCAUCAUCAACAACGUUUGUGGAGCAGUAAAAUGUGUGGUGGUUCUUGUAACUGGCAGGCCGGUUGUGAUUCAGAAUUACGUUCCGAAGAUCGAUGCUUUAGUAGCUGCUUGGUUACCUGGAACUGAAGGCCAAGGAGUGGCAGAUGUUCUAUUUGGGGACUAUCCUUUUACAGGAAAGCUGGCUAGGACUUGGUUCAAGACGGUUGAUCAGUUGCCCAUGAAUGUUGGAGAUAAGUAUUAUGAUCCUCUUUACCCGUUUGGAUUUGGGCUUACGACUAAACCAGCAAAAGGCCAUUGAUUGAAGCAGCAGGGUAAGACCUAGCAAUCUUGGUUGUUUUGUUUUGUUUUCAAGAGUUCUUGUUGGAAUGUGUGUUAUUGUGUUAUUACUUUUUAGUAUCCAAUGGCUACGUAGAUUCGGGAAUAUAGCUUCGAUGAGUCGGGUUUUGAGGAUAUUAUUAUGUGUAUCAUCUUAAGACACGAUUGUAGGAUGUUUUUUCCUGCAAUAAAUAAAGUGGGUUUUUAGUUUUAAA